AGAGCCCUCCUCUCACUCUCUCUCCUAACUCACCAGCUCCUAUCGCUCUCUCUCUCCCCCAUUUCCACUUUCUCUCUCUUCUGUGACAAUGGAAGACGAAGACCAGCAGAAGCUCACAGAUCUAGUGAAGGAGUUAGUCCUUCGCCUGCUCUCCCACGGAAGCCCUGCCUCCGCGCCCCCAAACCCUAACUCCCCCCACUUCCAGGCCUCCCUCCGCUACGCCGUCCGAAUCCUCUCCAGCCGCCUAACGCCCUCCGUCACCCCAGACGCCGCCGCCAUCGCCGAGUCCAUCAAGCGCUACCUUGCCACCCACGGAAAGUCCUCCCAGGCUCUCACCUUCGCCGAUCUGUACACCAAAUUCGCCUCCAAGACUGGCCCCGGGAGCGUCAACAACAAGUGGGCAGUCCUCUACUUGCUCAAAAUCAUCUCCGAGGAUCGGGCGAAAAAUGAGCUCGAUUCCCCGUCCCUGCUGCCCAAUCUGGAGUCCUUCGACGCCGAAUUGGGCGACAAAUCGAGGGUUUCACAGGAUAGGGAGAAUGGCAAAAUGGGGUGGGAUAAGGGCGUCCUAUUGGUGUCGAAGGAUCCCGAGAAUUUGCGUGAGUUAGCCUUUAAGGGGUACGCUGAUUUGGUGAAGGAAGAGAAUGAGGUGUCUGAGGAGGUUUUGGUGAGGGAUGUACUGUACGCUUGUCAGGGAAUAGAUGGUAAGUAUGUGAAAUUCGGUACCAUAGUUGAUGGAUACAUUUUGUCGGACAUAGUUAAUGUUCCUCGAGCAACGAGGACGAUGGUCCGGAAACUCUGCGAACUGGGUUGGUUAUUUAGGAAGGUUAAAGGGUAUAUAUCGGAAAGUAUGGAUCGGUUCCCUGCUGAGGAUGUGGGGACUGUAGGGCAAGCAUUUUGUGCUGCGUUGCAGGACGAAUUAUCUGAAUAUUACAAAUUGUUGGCUAUUCUUGAAGCUCAGUCCAUGAACCCGAUCCCUCUGGUCUCAGAGUCAGCCAAUUCGAGCAAUUACCUUACUUUAAGGAGAUUGUCUGUUUGGUUAGCUGAGCCCCUAGUGAAAAUGAGGUUGAUGGCAGUUUUGGUUGAUAAGUGUCGGGUUUUACGAGGCGGGGCAAUGGCAGGGGCCAUUCACUUACAUGCCCAACAUGGGGACCCACUUGUUCAUGAGUUCAUGAAACGGCUCCUCACUCGGGUCUGCUCUCCCAUGUUUGAGAUGGUAAGGAGCUGGGUCUUAGAAGGAGAGCUGGAGGACAUUUUCGCAGAAUUCUUCAUUGUGGGCCAGCAAGUAAAGGCGGAGUCUCUGUGGAGAGAAGGUUACCGGCUCCAGUCAGCGAUGCUCCCUUCCUUCAUAUCGAACUCUCUGGCUCAGAGAAUUUUGAGGACAGGGAAGUCGAUAAAUUUCCUACGUGUCUGUUGUGAGGACCGAGGCUGGGCAGAGGCUGCCUCGGAGGCCGCCUCGGCUGCAGGGACCACGACAAGGCGGGGCAGCUUAGGUUAUGGGGAGACAGAUGCCCUGGAAUCCCUCAUCGAUGAGGCGGCAAAGAGAAUCGAUAGGCAUCUGUUGGAUGUUAUGUAUAACAGGUACAAGUUUAAGGAACAUUGUCUCGCAAUUAAGCGGUAUCUUCUUCUAGGGCAAGGUGAUUUUGUUCAGUAUUUAAUGGACAUUGUUUGGCCUGAACUCUCUGAGCCUGCAAAUACUAUUGGUUCGUUCAAGCUUGCCGGGUUGCUUGAAAGUGCAGUUAGGUCCUCUAAUGCUCAGUAUGAUGAUCCCGAGAUAUUAGAUCGGCUAAGGGUCAAGAUGAUGCCCCAUGGUACCGGAGACAGGGGCUGGGACGUCUUUUCACUUGAAUACGAUCCUCGGGUUCCAUUAGAUACUGUAUUUACAGAGUCAGUUAUGGCAAAGUAUUUGAGAAUCUUUAACUUCCUGUGGAAACUUAGGCGGGUUGAGCAUGCCCUUAUUGGUGCAUGGAAGACCAUGAAACCAAACUGUAUCACUUCUCAGGCAUUCAUGAAACUGCAGCGAGCUGUCAAAGUGCAGCUUCUCUCAACAUUAAGGAGGUGCCAGGUGCUGUGGAAUGAGAUGAACCACUUUGUGACGAACUUGCAGUACUAUAUCAUGUUUGAAGUCUUGGAAGUCUCAUGGUCGAAUUUCUCUCAUGAGAUGGAGGUAGCCAAGGAUCUCGAUGAUCUCCUCAGUGCACAUGAGAAGUACCUUAACUCAAUCUUGGAGAAAUCUCUUCUGGGUGAACGGUCUCAGGCGCUUCAUAAGUCGUUGUUCAUCCUCUUUGACCUCAUCCUACGAUUUCGAAGUCACGCAGACCGAUUGUCUGAAGGAAUUCACGAGCUACAAGCAAGAACCAGUGAGUCGUCUUUAGCUUCAAGAGACAAAAACAAGUCCCGUAGGCGGGUGAAUGACGGACCUUCAGAAACCAGUUCAUGGGCCGCUGAUGGACGGAAGGCCCUAACACAACGCGCGGGUGAAUUUCUUCGAAACAUGCGGCAAGAUUUGGAUUCUAUAUCCAAGGAGUACACAUCAUUGCUUGAGGGCUUCUUGUCCCAGCUGCCGGUUCAGCAACAUGUGGAUCUGAAGUUCCUCAUGUUCCGCCUUGACUUCACUGAAUUCUACAGCAGGCUGGGUCUCAACAAAUCAUAAAGACCGUCAAAAGCAAACCAAAGGAACUAUUCAAUUCUUUAUUGAUUGGAUGAAACACGUAUCCACUGAUUAUUGGUUCUCAUGGCAUGGAUGGGUACUCAUGCCGCAUCAGGACCUGGGCUUGUCCACGUUUUCAUUGGUUUAGUGUUAGGUAAGUAGAAUCUUCUUGGCUCCUUACAGUUAGAUCUUUGGUUGAGACAAGUUUCUUUGUCUGGGGGCUUAGAAUGUGUCAUUCUGUGCAGAGGACAGGAGGUUUUGUUUGCUUGUUUCGGGUUGUUUUAACUGAUUGGAAGAUUUCGCUGUGUUACUGAUCGAGGUGUCGAACUGAAGCUGACGUUGAAGUUGCGGAAGCUUUUUCGAAUUCUCGACAGUCUUUGACGUGUGCUGGUUGGUGUCUUACUGGGGGCUGUAUUUUCUUCUAAAGGAUGUACAUUUGUAACAUAAAUGUUCAAAUGGCUUGAGCCAUAUUUGACCCUGCAAUUCAUUGAAUCAAUGCAUACUUCUUUUGUGGUUCU